AUGGGUCUGUACACGAAGACUAGCUGCUUCCAAGGAAAGAAUAUUGAAGUUGACAGUAACUUUAUGCGCCCAUGGAACAGCAAAAAAGGAGGGUUCAGGGCUUGCACAUAUGUAUUUGCAUUGGCGACCUUGGAGAACAUCAGCUUCGUGGCCAACAUGUCAGCAAUGGUUCUCUACUUUAAGAACGUGAUGCACUUUGACCUCUCCGCUUCUGCAAACACACUAACAAACUUCCUGGGCUCAACAUGUAUGCUCACUCUCUUGGGAGGUUUCAUCUCAGACACCUACUUGAGCAGACUCAAUACAUGCUUGAUCUUUGGACUAAUGGAAGUAAUGGGACUGGUGAUUGUGACAAUCCAAGCAUAUUCUGAUAAGUUGCAACCUGAUGCUUGUGGCGGCAAGUCAAGCUGUAUAGAAGGUGGUCAAGCUCUUAUGUUCUAUGCCUCCCUGGUUUUGUUGGCAGUUGGUGCUGGUGGUGUAAAGGGAUCACUUCCAACACUUGGUGCCGACCAGUUUGACAAGAAGGACGAAAAGGGGGAGAAGGGUCUGGCAAGUUAUUUCAAUUGGUAUAUGCUAAGUACCACAUUUGGAGCCAUUAUAGGAGUUACUGCUGUUGUGUGGGUUAGCGAGAACAAAGAUUGGUACUGGGGAUUUUUCAUUGGCACUGUCACUGCCAUUGCUGGUUUUCUUGUUCUUGCCCUUGGGAAGUCUACCUACCUCGUCCAACCCCUCGCCAACAGCCCCAUUGCAAAGAUAGCACAGGUCAUAGUGGUUGCAAUUCGAAAUAGAGGAUUGUUAGUACCAGAAAAUUCUGAGCAAUUGUAUGAGAUCAGUGAUAAAGAAAGAGAUCCUUCUGAAGAAAAAAUUUCGCAUACCAACCAAUUCAGGUCCCUAGACAAAGCUGCCAUUGUUGGGGAAGGUGUGAAUCCGGGGCCAUGGAGAGUUUGCACAGUGACACAAGUUGAAGAAGUCAAGAUACUAACAAGGAUGCUGCCCAUCAUAGCUAGUACAGUGAUAAUGAAUACAUGCUUGGCACAAUUGCAGACAUUCUCAGUACUUCAAGGGUAUUUCAUGGAUCCCUAUUUGGGUUCUUUGAAGAUUCCAACAGCCUCAAUACCAGUCAUUCCCCUAAUAUUCAUGACUUUCCUCUUGCCCAUCUAUGAGUUCAUUGUCUUACCUUUUGCUCGCAAUAUCACUGGUCAUCCCUCAGGCAUCACACAACUUAAACGUGUCGGAGUUGGGCUUGUGCUCUCAUUCGUUUCGAUGGGUAUAGCCGGCAUAGUCGAAGUGAAGAGGAGGCAUCAAGCCAUUAGGGAUCCAUUUAAGCCCAUUAGUCUUUUCUGGUUGUCCUUCCAAUAUGGUAUCUUCGGGGUGGCGGAUAUGUUUGCUAUGGUUGGAUUAAUGGAGUUCUUCUACAAGGAAGCUCCCUCGGGGAUGAGAUCUCUUUCUACAUCUUUUGCACCACUAUCGCUCUCUUUCGGCUAUUUUUUGAGUACUGCCUUUGUCAACAUCAUAAAUGCAGUUACCAAGAAGGUGACUCCAAGCAAACGAUCGUGGUUACAAGGGAUGGACUUGAAUCAUAGCCAUUUGAAUCUCUUUUAUUGGUUCCUAGCUAUCUUAAGCUUCCUUAACUUUGCAAACUAUCUCUUUUGGGCUAAAUGGUACAAGUACAGCGAAGAUACUAAUGAGUCUGAGAUUUAUGUGGAGGAUACCAACAGGAUGGAUGCUAUUCAAGAAUAA